AAUUCACCUCCCUAAACCUUGAACCUUCACCAGCUUAUCUAACUAUUUCACACUCCUUACUUUUUCACCUUUUCAUCGCGACGAUCCUUUUAUACUUCCACUCUCCCCGCCACUAUUCCAUCACCCAGUACUACCGUUAUUCCUUUUAGGCUUUUUCUAAUAAUACACCAAAUCUAAUAACUCCCGCGCCUGGCAAACCCCGUCAUGGCUACGAACAUGACGUCCAUCACGGACCUCCCGCCGCUCCCGGCGUAUAACGUCGUCGUGGCACCAGACUUGAUCUCGUGGCUGCCCGACUUCUAUCUAUCAAUUAUCGCGCCAACCCUCGCGUACUGGGUUAUCUCCAUCUUCUUCCACAUCAUCGACACCUGGGACCUAUUUCCGCAAUAUCGCUUACAUACUCCCGCCGAAAUCGCCCAGCGCAAUAAAGCCUCGCGAUACGAAGUUCUACGCGAUGUCCUCUUCCAACAGGUCAUUCAGGCCGUCAUGUCCUUUGUUCUGGGCAUGACCGACCCGCCGCAGUAUACGGGUAUGGAGGAGUACGACGUUGCUGUCUGGGCUACGAGGGUUCGCGUGGCGCAGAGAGCUCUUCCCACUAUGUUAGGCAUUCUCGGAAUCAACGCCGCCUCCGUGUCUAAGAAUAUGGCCGUUUCUCACCCGCUCUUAGCUGGCGUCCUCGCCGGUGGACACUAUCCUUUCCUCACCGAGCUUGCCGGAUCAGAUGGAACCGCGGUACCAACUUUUGCCACUUGGGAACUCCUGGUCGCCAAGGCUAUCUACUGGGGCAUUAUCCCAGCCAUGCAAUUGUUCCUCGCCGUUACCGUCCUCGAUACCUGGCAAUACUUCCUUCACCGCAUAAUGCACCAGAAUAAAUGGCUUUACACCACGUUCCACUCAAGACAUCACCGACUUUACGUUCCGUAUGCUUAUGGAGCCUUAUAUAAUCAUCCGUUCGAGGGUUUCCUCCUUGACACGGCGGGUGCCGGACUUGCGUACAAGGUCGCCUUCAUGACUCCUAGACAAGGGAUAUUUUUCUGGGUUAUGUCUUCAAUCAAGACGGUCGAUGAUCAUUGUGGAUACGCCUUGCCCUGGGACCCUCUUCAGCACAUGACCUCGAACAACGCAGCUUACCAUGAUAUCCACCACCAAAGCUGGGGUAUCAAGACCAAUUUCUCUCAGCCUUUCUUCACUUUCUGGGACAAGCUGUUGGGAACCAUGUGGCACGGCGACACUUCGCUGAAGUACGAACGAUCGAGGACCAAGGCCCAGGAAUUCGUGGAAGCGGAGGCUAAGAAAGCAUCCGAGAAAGCCCAAUAGACGCUUCGUCCACCCAUUUGCACCGAUUUGGUGCACACAUUCGCUGUAUCAUCCUAGGGACGUUUACUGUUUUAUUAUCUGAGGCGCGACGGGGUAUUCUGGAUCGAAGGUUGAAGUGACAUGAAACCUAUACACAGGGAGCAUUGGGAUGGGCGUUUCUUUUGAGUCUACCACUCUGGCUCGGCUGGGCUACUAAGGGUACCGGGCUGAGUUUCUUACCUCACGCCUUGUAAAACAUCAUGCCUUUACGUGUUUGAAUCAACACCAGGUCCUACAUAUUACUCGACACGAUUGAUGCGGUAGGCGAAGAGCCGAUUCAAGUGGUGUGGAGGAAAGUGGAUGGCGUUAGUGUUGGAUGUUAGGGAAAAUUGUAUGCAUGGCACUUGACUCUGGCAUUGUC